CUCGCCCCGGGCGCCUCUAGAGCCGGCCGGCCGAGCGUGCCGCACAGCCCCCGCGGGUGGGUGGCCGGGUGGGCGGCCGCGGCCCCUCCCUUCCCCGCCCCCCGGCAGGAGGGCGCCGCCGAGCCGGCCUGGCUGGGACGCGCCACUGGCCGGCCGGGGAGACCCGAGCGGCUGCCAGCCUCCUUCCCGGGCCGGGCGAGCUCCAGUGGCCGGUGGGCGCCCGCUGGGCAGGGGAGGGCCGGCUGGCUGCAGGGGGACCCCCCCCGCGCCGUCGGGUGGAGAGAGACAUUGCGCGCCUCCGCCCCGCCGGAGCCUCACUGGGGGCUGCCCCGGGUCGCCCCUCCAGAGCCUGGCGAAGAUGAGGCUGCCCGCGCCCCCCUGGCGGCUGGCACUCCUCCUGGUGGGACUGGCCGUGCUCCGGAGCGGGCGAGUGCAAGCAGGAGGAAAAUCCUAUACUGGACCAUGUGCUGGAAGAGAUUGCAGUGGAGGUUGUGAAUGUUUCCCGGAAAAAGGAGCUCGUGGUCAACCAGGACAGCUUGGGCCACAGGGGCCUCCCGGACCCGAUGGAGUGGAAGGCAUCCCAGGACUGCCAGGGCACAAAGGUGACAAAGGAGAAAGAGGCCAACCAGGAAUAUCUGGACCCAAGGGAGAAGUGGGACAAAGAGGAGUCACUGGAUUUCCGGGUGCAGAUGGUGUUCCUGGCCAUCCGGGUCAAGCAGGAUCUCGGGGGAAACCCGGCCAUGACGGUUGCAAUGGGACCAAGGGAGAUGCGGGCCAGCAGGGAAGCCCCGGGGGUGCAGGCUUUCCGGGUUUCUUUGGAAACCCUGGACCCAAAGGUCAAAAAGGGGAACCGUUUGUGCUGACUCCCAACUUAGCCGCAGAGUUCAGGGGGGAUCCUGGUGGUCCAGGUCUGAUGGGCUUUCCAGGCCCUCAAGGUCUUCCUGGUCCUCAGGGUAUCUUUGGACCUCUCGGAGACCCGGGAUUACCCGGGCCUCCUGGACCACCAGGAAUUCCAGGACUUCCGGGCAACAGAGGUCUUGGCUUUUACGGAGAAAAAGGUGAAAAGGGUGAUAUCGGUCCCCCAGGGCCGCCUGGUCUUCCAUCAACAGGAGAACUGGUCACCACAACUGAUAUAAUCACAAUUGAACACAAGGGAAUUAAAGGAGCAAAAGGAAUAAGGGGUGAACCUGGAACUCCAGGCUCCUAUGUAUAUGCACCUGAAAAGGGUGAAGAAGGCGUCACAGGUUUUCCAGGACAAAGGGGUUUGCCGGGCAUCAAUGGCCUAACAGGAGCCGAUGGAGAUUUGGGCAACCCAGGACUGGAUGGUUUCUCUGGCCAUGAUGGUCAAAGAGGAAUGAAGGGAGAACCAGGAGAUCGAGGAGUUCCAGGCCGGCCAGUUUAUGCACGCCGUCCCACUCUAAUAAAAGGUGCAAGAGGUGACCCGGGAGUCCCUGGUUUUCCUGGCCCUGUGGGGGACAGGGGUGAACAAGGCACUCCUGGAAUUCCUGGUCUUCCAGGACCACCCCCAGAUAUCUCUGUAAGAAGAGGAUUGCCUGGAGAAAUGGGGCCCAAAGGUUUUGUUGGCGAUCCAGGGCUUCCAGCUGAAAUACCAGGUCUCCCAGGGAUAGAUGGUCAGGAUGGACUCCCUGGGUUUCCUGGUUCAACUGGCCCUCCAGGUUCUUCAGAGUAUGUUGUUGGACCAAAGGGGUUUCGAGGGUUUCCUGGCCGUGACGGCAGCCAAGGGUACCCAGGGCCGCGCGGACAGAAAGGCUUUAAAGGUGAGGCAGGGGAUUGUCGAUGUGGAGCCGAUGAAGGAAGAAGGGGCCCAGCCGGGCAACCGGGCCCCCCAGGUUUUCCAGGCCCAUUGGGACAUCCUGGUAGAAAGGGACAACCUGGCGAUCAAGGCCAGCAUGGUGUCCCUGGAUUUUCUGGUGCUAAAGGUUUUCCUGGACUUCCUGGACCUCCCGGACUGCCAGGGCCGAAAGGGGAUUCCCGAUACGUGACAGAAAAAGGUGCCAGAGGGGACCAAGGAGAGACUGGGCCUCCUGGAGCGAAAGGAGACGAUGGUUUACCAGGCAGAGAUGGGAAAGAUGGUUUGCCAGGGCUGCCUGGUCUUCCUGGUGAUGGUAUAAGAGGUGCUGUAGGGGACGCUGGCGAUCCGGGACCUCCUGGCCCUAAGGGCUUUCCAGGUGAAGGGGGUCUGCCUGGGAUCGAUUUGCCAGGCCCUAAAGGAUAUCCAGGUCCUCCAGGUAACCUCGGGGCACAUGGGAGUCCUGGUUGGCAAGGUCCUCCCGGUCCCCCAGGGACCCCCGCUCAAUUAGACUGUGGACAAACUGUGCAGACUGUGCAAGUCAUUGGUCAAAACAGGACUGAUCUGCGGCCACCAGGUUCUGGCUGCCCUAUAGCCCCAAAAGGAGCUCCGGGAAAUCCAGGGGUACCAGGACCAAGGGGUGCUGUUGGUCCAAAAGGGAUUUCAGGAGACUUUGGUCUGGAUGGGCUCAAGGGGAUAACUGGCCCUGAAGGGGACCGAGGCCCCGAAGGUGCAGCGGGCCCCCCAGGAUUUACUGGACCCAGAGGAACUCCAGGUUCACCAGGAUCGCCUGGGGCCAAAGGUUUUCCAGGUAGUCGUGGUUUACCAGGCUUGCCCGGUGCACCGGGGGCAAAAGGAAUUACAGGAGAUAUCCUAGGAGCACAGCCAGGCUUCCCAGGAGAUGCUGGACCGCCUGGAUUUUCAGGACUUCUGGCACGCAAGGCUUUCUGAGUUUUACCAGCACUUAGAGGCAGCGAUGGGUUUCCAGGCCCACCUGGGAUCAAAGGGCAGCGAGGGUUUUCAGGUCCUCCUGGCCUGACAGGUGCGCAGGGACCACCAGGAUCAUUUGGAUUCCCUGGAAUGCCAGGCCCACAAGGAUCCAGAGGAAGAAUGGGUUCACAGGGGCUUACGGGCCCACCUGGUCCUCGAGGGGAUUCAGGAGACCCAGGAAUACCAGGUCCUGCAGGUGUAAGAGGUCUGCCUGGUAGCAAAGGUGAACCAGGUUUCCCCGGCAUCAAAGGCAAAGCUGGUGAUGUUGGCCUUUCUGGAGUAGAUGGGAUGCCUGGCCUUCCGGGUCUGAAAGGGAGCAAAGGCUCAGAAGGUGUUAGAGGGUUCCAAGGAGCCAUGGGCCUUAAAGGAUGGCCAGGGUGGAAAGGAGCCCCAGGAGAGAGCGGCCUACCUGGGCCACCAGGAUCACAAGGCCUGAUUGGGGAAUCGGGACAAAAAGGUGACCGUGGAGAACAUGGCCCUCGAGGAGCACCCCCCAAAAUUAUGCCCAGCAUGCUCCAGGAAGUGAAAGGUGAAAAGGGAGAUGAAGGAGAAGGAGGGCUGAAGGGAUACCAUGGCUUCAAAGGCAGUAGAGGGAUGCCUGGCUUCCCUGGCCAGACCGGAAGACCGGGUUUACCUGGAUUCUCAAGUUUUGUUAAAGGCCAGAAAGGAGACACUGGGCUCAAAGGACUCAAAGGUCUUCCAGGACAUCCUGGUGGCGAAGGACCUCAGGGUAUUCCUGGCUUCCCCGGGCCCACCGGACGCCGGGGAGAAAAGGGAAUGCCAGGGACGAUCGGGUCAUUUGGCGAGAAGGGACAGUCGGGGGAUGUUGGUGGUAGGGGAGAUACUAUAGACUUACCAGGAAGAACAGGUCCUAAAGGAGAGCCCGGUACCAGUGGAUUCCCAGGUGUGAGGGGCCCCCCGGGAGAAAAAGGGGAAAGUGGAAAUCCAGGUUUUUCAGGCAUCGAAGGACUCAAGGGCACCCCAGGAGAACCUGGCUCAAGAGGACAAGAAGGAUUCCCAGGACAGACUGGGGAACGAGGGUCAUCAGGAGAUCCAGGAAGACCGGGAUCAUCAGGUGAAAAGGGAAGUUCUGGUCAGCCUGGGCUCCCAGGAGGGAAAGGUUUACCUGGCUCAAGAGGAAUUCCUGGAUUGGAUGGGUUGACCGGUCCAAAGGGACUACUGGGAUCACCAGGUCUUGAUGCUUACGGCCCACCAGGUUUCCGAGGUACUUGGGGUGACAAAGGUACAGCGGGAGAGCCGAGCUCCGUUGAAGGCAGUAGAGGAUCUCCUGGUCCAAAAGGAGAGAGAGGCGACCCAGGGCAACGAGGCACGGCUGGAGAUCCCGGGCCUUCCGGGAUUCCAGGUCUUCCCGGAAUUUCCAAUAUAUCUGGAGUCCCUGGGGACAUGGGAUCCCCAGGUUUUGAUGGCGUACGAGGAUACCCUGGGCCUUCAGGACUACCUGGAAUACCUGCUCCACCUGGACCCAAAGGAGAAGAGGGACCUGGAGGUUUGUUUGGAGAAGAUGGUCCAAAAGGCCUUCGAGGAGAUCCAGGUCAAGAUGGAAGAACUGGAAUACCGGGAUUCCCUGGGCCAAAAGGGAGAAAAGGUGAUCAAGGAGUCAUGGGAUUUGUCGGCUUUGUGGGAAGUACAGGUGACCUUGGCCCCAGGGGACCCAAAGGAGACCGAGGACCCACAGGAUUUCAGGGGCCUCCAGGUUCCCCUGGCCUUGUUCCUGUCCCCCCUAAACUGCAAGCUCUGCAGGGGGCACAGGGCCCUCAAGGGAGCAGAGGGGCUCCAGGAAGUCCUGGUGAAAUGGGUCCACAAGGUCCGCCGGGAGAUCCAGGAUUUAGAGGACCAUCAGGCAAACCAGGAGUGGGAGGAAGAGGAGGAAUACCAGCGUCUCCGGGCUUUAGAGGCGAUCAAGGAAGAACGGGACUGCAGGGUCCUCUGGGCCUCGAAGGUUCACCAGGUGACCCAGGUACUCCUGGGCUGCCAGGUAUGCCAGGCCGCAGUGUUAAUAUAGGAUAUCUUCUGGUGAAACACAGCCAGUCAGAGCAAGAACCCAUGUGUCCAGUGGGCAUGAAUAAACUGUGGAGUGGCUACAGUUUGCUGUAUUUUGAAGGACAAGAUAAAGCACAUAAUCAGGACCUGGGUCUAGCUGGGUCAUGUUUGGCUCGGUUCAGCACAAUGCCCUUUCUUUACUGCAAUCCCGGAGACGUCUGCUACUACGCAAGCCGCAACGACAAAUCCUACUGGCUGUCUACAACGGCUCCUCUUCCAAUGAUGCCUGUGAGAGAAGAUGAAAUCCAGCCUUACAUCAGCCGUUGUUCUGUCUGUGAGGCUCCAGCCGUCGCCAUCGCUAUCCACAGCCAAGACGUUUCUAUCCCACACUGUCCGGAAGGAUGGCGCAGUUUAUGGAUCGGAUAUUCGUUCCUCAUGCACACUGCUGCCGGCGCUGAAGGAGGGGGCCAGUCGCUCGUCUCCCCGGGGAGCUGCCUGGAGGACUUCCGAGCGACCCCAUUCAUCGAAUGCAACGGGGCUCAGGGGACUUGCCACUACUUUGCCAACAAAUACAGCUUCUGGCUCACCACCAUCGACGACCAAUUCCAACACUCGCCCUCCUCAGAUACGCUCAAGGCAGGACUCAUCCGAACACACAUCAGCAGAUGCCAAGUCUGUAUGAAAAACCUUUAAAAGAAAAAAAUCACUCCAGAAUGGCAGGGAGCAAAUCCUGUUGGUGCUUAUUUUAACUUAUUACCUCAAAACCCAAAGAAGACAUGUAUUCCCAUUAUUAUCUGAGAGGAACAGACCACAGCCACUGCUUUCCGCUAAACGGUGGUUUCUAUUACCUUUUCAUGUUAUGGUCUCAUCUGAUUUCUAUUCAAUUGCAAAUGGAACAACUUUCCCUUACAAAAUCGAACUAGUUGGCAGAUUUCGUGACCUAACUCAUUUGCUGGUGUUUACACCACAAUUUUAUCGCAUUUGUUCUGUAUGCUUUUCUCUGCAAUCAAUCGACUGCCCCCAUCUCAUAGUCAUUAAAAAAUGGCUGCUGGUAUGAAAACGGAAGGGCGAAAUACCCAGAAAUCGGCCUAGAAGAUGAAACACAAACACUGUAAUAGAGAGAGGGAGAGAGAUGUCCUUUUCCAUUCUAAGAUGUUGGCCACAAUCCAACCGAGGGUGUGUUUGCGCUGGAUUCUGACCUUGGUGCUGUUAACGCUGUGGCACGGUCGCUUGUUGUUUCCUAACAGUUUGCCAGUCAAGAGUUUAUUGCUUCGUGUGCCAGCUUGCUUCCAUGGCCUGCGUUUGAUACACAGGAAGUGUUAUAUACUUCUGAGGAACAGUUAGCUAGUUACUCACUCAAACGGUGCUGCAUUUGGACCAGUGAGCUUCAAGAUUUGACCUACCAGAGGCUGAACCCAGAAAGAGUGAGGGGUGGCACUGAAACCAGAAAGAGAACGGGCUGGGGGGCUUGUUCCCCAUAGCAAGUGCCAUUUUAACUUUGCCUCUCCCUGCCAUUUCCUGGUAGGUGGAAGUGUGGUGAGAAAGAUAUCUCACUGAUCCAUACAUUCUAAUUCAAAGGUUGCCCAGUUCUCACCCUCCAACUCUGUCGCACCUGGAAUGGCACCUAGUAAGUGCCCUUUUCCUCCCAGGUGUGUGAUUCUAAAUCUGCUUCCAACUAUAGUUCUUUCUUCAGCACUGAGAAGUGGCAGGGAAGGCAGAGAUAGAAUCCACUGCAAGGAAGUGGAUACUCUAUUCUAGCCUGGGGUGAAAAGUGCUUGAACAGGCCAACAGUGAGACUGGUCCAUCUCAGUUCUGUUGCCCACACUGAACAGGGAACAUCUCAGUUCUGUUGCCCACACCGAACAGACAUGAAGGUUCCUUAUAUCAAAUCAGAUCCUUAAGUCUAUCAAGAUCAGUAUUGAAUGGCAGUGGCUCGCCAAGAUCUGAGGCAGAAGUCUUUCAGAUAAUUGUAACUGCCUCCUUGAGUUUUGCAAGGGAGAAAACGGCUAUCAAAUAUUUUAAAUAACCAAACAAAACCAUUUACUACUUGAUCCUUUUUUUAACUGGAGAUAUCAGGAAUUGAACCUGGCAUCUUCCAUAUCCCAGGCAGAGACUCUACCACUGAGCCACAGUCCCUCCCCAAGGCUAAGAAGCAGCCCCCAGGCACACCUUGAAUUGAGGAUCUCUCUUGCCUUGUUUUUGCCUUCAAUUGAUCUAUAAUUUUUACAUCCUAAAAUAAAGGAGAUUGUUUUAACAAUUGUA